GUGUGUGUGUCUGUGUGUGUAUCGGCUCAGUUGCAGGGGGCUCGUAUUCUGGGGAUCCCUGUGGUUGUGUCGGAGCAGUAUCCUAAAGGUCUGGGCAGCACAGUGCAGGAACUGGAUCUGACUGGGGCCAAAUUAGUUUUCCCCAAAACCAAGUUCUCCAUGGUUCUUCCGGAGGUGGAGGCGGUGCUGGCUGAGAUCCCAGGAGUCCGCAGUGUGGUGCUCUUCGGAGUCGAGACGCACGUGUGCAUUCAGCAGACCGCUCUGGAUCUGAUGGGAAGAGGCUUUGAGGUGCACAUUGUUGCUGAUGCCUCGUCCUCCAGAAGCAUGAUGGACCGGAUGUUUGCACUCGAGGGAUGUAAUGAUUCACCGCGAGCCGGAUGAAAGUCGAUACCAAUCUGUGAUGAUUCAGGUGGGUUGAGAUGUUAAAUGAAUCACGAUUCAUUUGAGGGUGGAGUUUAUAUUAAUGUAUCUCUGAGGGGAACUUUAGAGAAGUUUAGACAGUGGUUUCUUUUCAUCUGGUCUCUGUAAUGCUUAUUAAAGAAGUGUUUAUAAGCGCAGCGCUGCUUUGUUGAC